AAAAAAACCCAACUCUGUCGUCCUCUUCUGCGCACUCUCUCUUUCUCUCUCCCUCUCUGUCACUCUCGAUCCACUUUCUUCUUCCUGCUUCGCACCGCCGAUGGCGUCGAUCGGACUUCAGAAGCUGCUCCAGGCCGGCACCAAGAUCGUCGCCGUCGGCCGGAACUACGCCGCCCACGCCCAGGAGCUCGGCAACGCCGUUCCCAAGGAGCCCGUGCUGUUCCUGAAGCCGACGUCGUCGUACUUGGAAAACGGAGGGACGAUCGAGGUGCCGCCAUCGCUGCUGUCGCUCGACCACGAGGUGGAGCUCGCGGUCGUGAUCGGGCGGAAGGCCCGGGACGUGCCCGAGCCGGCCGCCAUGGACUACGUCGGAGGAUAUGCUCUUGGACUGGAUAUGACUGCUAGGGAAAUCCAAUCUAAAGCAAAGUCUGCAGGUCUUCCAUGGACAGUAGCAAAAGGCCAAGAUACUUUCACACCAAUUAGCUCUGUGCUGGACAAAUCUUUGGUGCCAGACCCUGACAACUUGGAAUUGUGGCUCAAGGUAGAUGAUGAAAUAAGGCAGAAGGGUUCAACCAAGGACAUGAUUUUUAAGCUUCCGUAUCUUAUUAGCCACAUUAGCUCUAUUAUGACCCUUUUUGAGGGAGAUGUAAUACUGACAGGCACUCCCCAAGGUGUUGGCCCUGUUAAAGUAGGUCAAAAGAUCACUGCUGGCAUAACAGGCCUAAUCGACAUUCACUUCAAUGUUGAGCAACGUCAAAGACCAGGAAGUUAAUGAACUAAGAAUUCCAAAUGAUUGCAAAAUCUUGCAUGCUGUAGUGUAGUUCUGGCAAAAUAUCAAUAAGGACAUUCAACUAAACUCUCCAAUUUGGAACUUUUGACUCAACAAUUAGAUAAGAGAGGAGUGAUGCUUCUUUCUGCAAGUUCAAUUGGAGUUGGUGUUUGAAAGAUAAGACUGUUGUAUUCUUUUACACAUCCACAUGCAAAGCAAUACACUUGCUCAAAACAGCUCAAACUCGGCCUUCCAUUUUUAUAUCUA